UCAGUCGGUCGAGGCUCGGCGGGCGUUGAGAGGCUCGAGCGGGGCGUGAGGCGGCGGAGGCAGCAGCGGAGGCGGGCCCGGUCUCCACAACGCCGAGCACCGCGGCAUGGCGGCUAGUGAUACAGAGCGAGAGGCAGCAGUCCAAGAAAAGUCAUCUCCUGACAGAGAGAAGAAAAAAGAACGGUCAGAUGCAUCUAGUUCUCCUAGAACUUCAAAACAUCAUCACUCAAGGUCACGUUCACAAUCAAGAGAGAGAAAACGGAAAUCAGAUAAUGAUGGGAAAAAACACAGAAGCCGGAGCAGAAGCAAAGAGGCAAGAAGACAUGGGUCCAAAGAAAAGUCGUCCAAAAAGCACAAAUCAGAAGACCAUAACGACAAAGAGCAUUCUUCUGAUAAAGGAAGAGACAGCCUGAAUACCUCUGAAAACGGUGAGGACCGGCAUAAGCGCAAAGACAGAAAAUCCUCAAGAGGACGGAGUCAUUCAAGGUCUCGGUCCCGUGAAAGGCGUCACCGUAGUAGAAGCCGUGAUAAAAAAAAGUCACGUUCUCGAAGCAAAGAGAAAAAGCGGCGUCUAAAAUCACGUUCUAGGUCAAGAUCUAGACACAGGCACAGAAGUCGGAGCAAGAGCCGAACUAGGAGUAGAAGCAGAGAAAGAAAGAAGAGACCUGAAAAACCCAAAAGAUUCAGCAGAAGUCACAGUCCGAGUCCUAGCCCUCCACCCUUUAGGGGACGGAAUACAGCAAUGGAUGCCCAAGAAGCUUUGGCCAGAAGAUUGGAAAGAGCAAAAAAACUUCAAGAACAGAGAGAGAAGGAGCUUGUUGAAAAACAGAAGCAACAGGAAAUGGCUGCUGCGGCAACUGCCACUGGAAGUUCUGUCAUCAACGUUGCAGCUCUUCUGGCCUCUGGAACACAAGUCACUCCUCAGAUUGCUAUGGCGGCUCAAAUGGCAGCCCUGCAAGCAAAGGCCUUGGCGGAGACAGGAAUAGCCGUUCCAAGCUAUUAUAACCCAGCAGCAGUGAAUCCAAUGAAGUUUGCAGAACAGGAAAAGAAGCGGAAAAUGCUGUGGCAAGGCAAAAAAGAAGGGGAUAAAUCACAAUCUGCAGAAAUCUGGGAGAAACUGAACUUUGGAAAUAAGGACCAAAAUGUCAAAUUUAGAAAACUAAUGGGUAUCAAGAGUGAGGAGGAAGCUGGUAGUAGUUCAGUGGAUGAAGAAAGUUAUAAGACUUUGAAACAGCAGGAAGAAGUAUUCAGAAAUCUAGAUGCACAAUAUGAAAUGGCAAGGUCACAGACUCACACACAAAGAGGAAUGGGAUUGGGAUUUACAUCUUCGAUGCGAGGAAUGGAUGCUGUUUGAAUGGACGUGAUCUCGAACCCUGGAACUUUGACAAAGAUUUUUGUUCCGACAUUCGGUCCUUGUUCACCAAAAGCUAGCAUUUCUAGCUUGCAUGGGUGUUGCAUUGACUUUAAUUUAUUGACAUUGCAAUUUUUGUAAAUAUCAGAUCAGUGAUUACUGGUGUUCCAUGUUGUAAUCAGGUUAUACUCACUUCCAUUAUACUUGACAGAGCUACAGAAGGACAACAUUUUAGUUCUGCUUUUCAAACUAGAACAGGUGAGGAGGGUAAACUCGUACCUGGAUAUUUUGUGUCUGCUGUCUUGUGUACUUUUGUACUUUAACCUUGUACAGUUAUUUUCAACUCUCGAAACAUAACGAACAUUGUGUAGGUGUUACUUAGCAGACUGGGCCAAUGAGUACAUAAUGCAGUGCAAAAACCUGGUUAAUAAAGAUGUUUUUUCUCAAAUGUUACUGUUACUAUUACUGGCUCACUUGAAUUGCUUACAGCUCUGAAUUUGGUAGAAUUGAUUUGAGAUUUCACACUGCAGUUUACAAAAAAUAAUAAUUCCAUCACAAAAGAGCAAAUAGUAAAAGUUACUCAGCCUCAGUUUUCAUCAAUGUUAUGCAUUGUUUUUAUUCCUAUUGCAGUGUUUGCAGUGAGCAGCAAGCAUAUUAGGUGUGUGAAAUAUGUCCAGUCCCUACUGUCUAUAAAACCUGAGUAAUACUGCCUCCACUCAGGUCCAAAGAUUACCACACUGGGUGAUAUGGUAGUUCUGUUAUUUGGGACUUUUAUCAGCAGAGAUCUGAUUUGGUUUAUUUAGAAAUGGUUUAUGCUGCCUCUCAGUGCCCUGCUUGAGCCAGCAUAUAAAAACUUGUUUCGGCUUUGACCUGGCUUCAACCUGCCCAAGCAAAUUAAGAGACAAGCUCUGUAUUACUGUAGCCAGUUCUGAGCCUAGUCUUUCUAGCAGGCGUAUCUGAUUAUAGACUACCUUAUGCAAAGUGAGAAAAGCAGAUUGUCCCCAGCUAUUCCAGUCAGUCUACUGGGAUGUUAUACACAUAAGAAGAGGAGGAGCCCUGCUGGAUCAGACCAGUGACCCAUUUAGUCCAGCAUCCUGUCUUGUACAGUGGCCAGCUAGUUACUCCGGAGGGCCGAGGACAGGGCAUUAAGGUCUUCCCCUGAUCCAAAACACUGACGGCAGCCCUAUUUCUACAUUUUAAAAACUAGUAUUAUGCAGGAUUGUACUCACACUGUGUAAUGAGUGGAAGUUGCCCAGCAUCAGUGCCUCAAAAGUAGUAUCUUUUGUAGCUGUAACUUGUGUGUUGAGAUACGAUUGUAUGGGGCAUCUCCCUAAGGGUUUCCAAAGCUAGGUGUAAGUUGUCUAAAGGGGUUCUUAGUUGGGAAUUUUUAAACAUGUUGUAUACUAUUGAGUACAUUAAUAAA